GACGUCAACCGGCCCAGUGAGGGCCCACCUCUCUGCCACUCGGGCUGGUGUAUGGAAGGUGUAACUGCGGUGCUUAUUUCUGCAAUGUAUGGGACACCUGAGACUACAAGAUACCUCCUUGAUCACGGUGCUGAUCCCACAGCUGGUGGAAGUAUGGGGUCAGCGCUACAUGGUGCUGCAAUGACUGGACAAUCUGAAAAUGCUGAACUUCUGCUUUCAAGAGGAAUGGAUGUGGAUCUAUUUGACUCUGUGCAUGGUACCGCGUUGCAUAUCGCCGCUUCUAAAGGCGAAGCUGGCGUGGUGAAAGUUUUGUUGGAGCACCAUGCAGAUCCUAAUAUGCUUUUCAACCUUCAUUCUAAACCACUGGGUAUGGCCAUGCAGAAAGAAUCAUGGGAAUGCAUGAGGCUACUAAUUAAGGCUGGCGCUGAUGUGAAUUUUAUUGACUAUAUUGGUGUCACUUAUUUGAUGGUGGCAGCGAGUAGUGGCUUAUCUGACGUCGUGAAGUGCUUGCUAGAUGCUGGUGCCAAUGCCAAUACUCCAGAUGCUUUUGGUAGAACUGCAAUUCAAAUUGCCGCACUUAAUGGCAGAAGGGAUAUUGUUGAAAUGUUAUUUCCGUUAACAUUACCUCUUUCAACUGUGCCGGUUUGGAGUAUUGAUGGGAUCAUUUCUCAUGUGAAGUUUUAUAAUUUGAACCCAAGAGUUAAACAACCGCUGGAACUGGACGAGAAAAUAGCUAAACUGAAAUUGGAGGCUACAGAGGCUUUUAGGAGAAAGGAAUAUUUGAGAGCAGCGGAGCUGUAUACUUGUGCAAUGAAACUUGAAGAUAGAGUAAAAGAGCAUGCAAUCUUGCUGGCAAAUAGGAGUUUCUGCUUCGUACGCCUGGGACAAGGAGAAGAUGCUGUCUCUGAUGCGACUAAGUGCACAAGGUUUCGACCUCAAUGGCCCAAAGGAUACUAUCGACAAGGGGCAGCUUAUAUGUUACUGAAGGACUACGAAAAAGCAUGUGAGGCUUUUGAAGAUGGCUUGAAGCUUGACCGUACAAAUGUUGAUAUUAAGAAUGCUUUAAGGGAAGCCCAAGAGGCAUUGAAGAAUGCUGGUUGCGCUGAAAAAUAACCGUGGCCUGUUUGCAGUUAGCUGAAGAAGUAGAGCCGCUAUUUCAUUUGGAAUGGGUUCCUGACCCUUUGUUGACAUCUGGUGGCAAUAUGACCUCAUAAGGUCAAACUAUAGGAUACUAAUUAGAGUUGCUUUGUUUCUGGGUUAAAUUUCAACACUAGUAUGAAAUGGUUGUAUCUUCCUGUGACUCAUUGUGUAACAUGAGCUAGCCGUUUGCUCAUCCUGCAUAUACUGUGGAUUCGUAUUUUUCUCU